AUGGAAGCCACAAUUUUUCCCUUUGGAAUGCACAAGUGUCCAUGCCUAUGUGUGGUUCACAACCUUUUUGUCCAUCUCGACGAAUCUCUCCCAGGCCCUACUCAUACAGUGGCUCAAAAUAAUCAAGACGUCGAAAAUCCUACAUUUGUUUCAUGGUAUCGCCAAGAUCAACUAAUUCAAAAUGCCAUCUUGGCCUUAGUUGAUCCAACUCUUGCUGCUACAGUUGUCGUUGCAUCCAGUUUCCAGGCUACUUGGGAUGCUUUGCACACUGCGUAUGCCAACAAAUCGCAAACAAGGAUCUUUAGUUUGCACGAUCGUCUGGCAUGCCUCACAAAAGAAACCCUUCCUAUCGCUAAUUAUCUGCACCUAGUUCGAUCACUCUGUGAUGAACUUGCCACUGUUGGAGCUCCUAUGUCCAAUGAGGAACUAAUUGUCAAAAUCCUCACUGGACAUGGAUCUGAAUUCCGUGAAAUAUCAGCUGCUAACCGUGCAAGAGAUUAUGUUAUCUCUUAUCCAGAACUUUAUGAGAAAUUACUUGACCAUGAACUUUUCAUAGAGCAUGAAAAAGCAAAGAAGCCACUUUCAACACCCAUUGUUGUUGCUAUUGCACAACAAACAAGCAUUCAUUCUCGCUAUGGAAACACCUCUAACAGGCGUUCAAAUGCAAAUCCCCCCAACACCAACCAGUCAAGGUGUGCCCAUUCAUGGAGUAUUGUCAACAAUAACCAACUGCAGCGUUAUGACCCCACUCUGAAGUGCCAGUUAUGUGACCGUCCUGGUCAUUUUGCUAAGGGGCCACUCAUCAUAUGGCCUCUAAUGCGCAAAGCUUUACUGAUGUGCACACCUCCCGUGGUCCAAAGGAGAUAG